AUGGGCACCCAAACCACCACACAGACCGUCGAGACCAUGUCUGUGCCGGCAGACAUGCUGGCUCUCCGCACGGUCGACCAGCAGCCAUUGUGCGUUACUGUUCCCGGCAACGCGCCAAUCACCGUGACUGGCCACACCAAUGCCAGAUACUUCCAGAAAGUCACUGUCGAAGACAUUGCAAAUAAAACAACCUACGUAUUUACAGGAUCGGGUGAGGACGAGACGGCAAUGGAGGUCCAAGGCUCCAAAGAAAAGGGGGUGGUGCUGCUGCAUGCCCUGGAGAGCAAGCCACUUUAUCGCACCCUAACGGUACUCUGCGAGUACUCAUCCCAAGGGCCCAGCGGUCGCCUUGAGAAAUCGACCGUCUUGGUGCCCCGAGUGCUUUAUGAAUACAACGGACCCCGACAUCUGAAGCGAAUGUCAUGGGAGAUAUUCACCGAAGAUGGCGUGGACAACGACUACAACGACUCGGUGAUUCGGAUUGUGGCCGACGUUAACCAGGAUCUCAGUUAG